AUGCCUCAAUAUCUGAAGAAGGCCCAUGGUGCAACAGGGGUUAAUGGGCAAGCAAACAAGCCAACAACGAGCAAUGUGCCAACCAUUGUGUCAGGGGUAAUCGAGGACAUUCGGACCAAUGGAGAUGCCGCAGUUAGAAAGUAUUCGGAAAAGUUCGACUCUUGGAGCCCGUCGUCAUUCAAGUUGUCAGCUGCAGAAAUCGAGGCCAUAAUUGCCCAAGUACCGGAACAGACCAUCAAGGAUAUCAAAGAAGUCCAAACCAAUGUACGGAAGUUUGCAGAGGCUCAAAAGGAGUCGCUCAAGGAUUUCGAGCUCGAGAUCCAGCCGGGCGUGUUCUUGGGUCAAAAAAACCUUCCCAUCAAUAGAGUUGGAGCAUAUAUCCCUGGAGGAAGAUAUCCUCUCUUGGCCAGCGCACACAUGACGAUUCUGACGGCCAAAGUUGCCGGGGUUCCUCAUGUGAUCGGUUGCACACCUCCCAUCGCGGGAAAAAUCCCGCCGGCGACUGUUGCGGCAAUGCACCUUGCUGGAGCUGACGAGAUUUAUGUUCUUGGAGGCGUCCAGGCCGUGGCGGCCAUGGCGUGCGGUACCGAGAUCAUCGCUAAGGUCGACUUCUUGGCUGGACCUGGUAAUGCAUUUGUCGCUGAGGCUAAGCGACAGCUUUUCGGGGAAGUUGGCAUCGAUCUGUUUGCUGGACCUACAGAGAUUCUGAUUGUGGCUGACGAGACAGCCGAUCCGUAUACUUGUGCUGUUGAUAUUUUAUCCCAGGCAGAGCAUGGACCAGAUACACCCUCAGUACUGGUUACCACAUCUGAGAAGGUCGGCCAGGACACUCUUUACUGGAUCGACGAGCUUCUCAAGUUAUUACCAACCGCACCGGUCGCAUCAAGUUCCUGGGCUUCCUUCGGAGAGAUCAUAGUCGCUGACUCUAUGGACGAAGCCUGGAUGCUCGCUGACGAGAUCGCAUCGGAGCACGUCGAGAUCUUGACCAAGAGCCCGCGGGAUGCCUUGAACAAGAUGACGAAUUAUGGUGCCCUGUUUUUGGGAGAAAAUACUUGUGUAUCUUACGGGGACAAGUGUAUUGGAACAAACCAUGUUCUGCCAACCAGAAAAGCGGCACGGUAUACGGGUGGUCUAUGGGUAGGAAAAUAUUUACGUACCACAACUUAUCAGGAAGUGAGGGAUCCAGAAGCGAGUGGACGUCUGGGACGACUGUGCGGCAGAGCCGCUCGCGCCGAGUUUUUCGAAGGACAUGCUCGUUCUGGGGAUUUGCGAGCUGCCAAUCAUUUGAAGGACACCUAUGACUGGAUUGUGGAGAGUCGAAAAGUCGAGUGA